AUGAUCUCAUUAUCCGAGCCAAUGUCCAUUCAAUGGUGUUUCAAAACCAAACCAAAACAUGCGAAUCUCUGUGAAGUGUGCUUCCGGCCGUUCAACUUAACCAAUAUUGAUAUGCAUUUGGAAUCCGGAUGUGGCACAGAAAUACAGCGAAGGUACAAUAUUUCUCCAGACAAGGAAACAAUUAAGCGAAAGGUAACGAAAACAAAGUUCAAAAUAUCCAAAAAACCAAAACAAAUCAAAAACACGCAGCCACCAAAAUCGCCAGAAGAUGCAUCGUCGAAAUAG